UGCUGCUGGCGAGUAGGCGACAUGCACACGGCCAGCGCAGACGGGCAGUUCCGUGGCACCAACGGCGCAGGCGCGGGCGCGGGCGCUGCCACGCCGCACUCGCGUGACAAAGUCGCUAUACUCGACGCAGGAUCGCAGUAUGGAAAGGUUAUCGACCGUCGUAUCCGCGAGUUAUGUGUGGAAUCAGACAUCUUGCCCCUAGAUACCCCGGCGUACCAUCUGAAAGAGGCUGGGUACAGAGCCAUCGUCGUUUCGGGGGGACCCAAUUCAGUGUACGCUGAAGACGCGCCGCGGUAUGACGCUGAUAUAUUCAAGAUUGGACUGCCAGUACUAGGAAUUUGCUACGGAAUGCAGAUGUUGAAUAAGGAGUUUGGAGGCUCAGUGCUACGCAAGGAGGCGAGAGAAGAUGGACAGUACGAAGUCGAGGUUGAAACGACUUGCCCGCUGUUCAGUCGACUGGAGAAACUGCAACCUGUGCUGCUAACACACGGCGACAGUGUGCAAAAGGUGGGCGAACGGUUCCGCGUGGGUGCACAGUCCUCGAACCACGUCAUCGCCGCCAUCUACAACGAGCAAAUGCGCCUAUACGGCGUGCAAUUCCAUCCAGAGGUGGACCUAACGCCAAAAGGCAAGCAGAUGCUUUCGAACUUCCUGUUCGACAUAGCGGGCCUAUCACGUUCGUUCACGCUGCGUUCGCGCCGCGAAGCUUGCAUCCAGUACAUCAAGGACACUGUUGGCGAUAACAAAGUGCUUGUAUUAGUGAGCGGUGGUGUAGACUCAACGGUGUGUGCAGCGCUGCUGCGGACCGCGCUGCGUGAUGACCAGCUUAUCGCGCUGCACAUCGACAACGGUUUCAUGCGUAAGAAUGAGAGCGCCAAAGUGGACCGGUGUUUACGCGAUCUCGGCGUGCGUCUACACGUCAUCAAUGCUGCACAUCAGUUCCGGCAAGGCAGCACGGUAGUCCGCGAUAGUGGUGGCCGCGCGCGACACACGCCGCUGCUCUGCCAUGCACUAGCGCCGGAGGACAAGCGCAAGAUCAUCGGCGAUGUCUUCAUCCGCGUCGCAGAACGUGCCGUGCACGACUUCAAUCUCAACGAGGAACAAGUCCUCCUAGGCCAAGGCACUCUCCGACCGGACCUGAUCGAGUCCGCGUCGUCUCUAUGCUCGACCAACGCGGCUACGAUCAAGACCCAUCACAACGACACUGAGCUAGUAAGGGCGUUGCGCCAGCGCGGAAGGGUUGUUGAACCUUUGAGAGACUUUCAUAAGGAUGAGGUUCGCGCUUUAGGAUUGGAGCUAGGUCUACCGGCAGCUUUAGUAGAACGACAACCGUUCCCUGGACCGGGACUGGCUGUGAGAGUUCUCUGUCAGGAAGAGCCUUACGCCGAGAGAGACUUCUCGGAGACACAGGUGAUCGUGAAGAUAAUGGUGGAGUACGCGUCGAUGUGCCAGAAGUCGCACGCGUUGCUGGGUCGCGUGACAGGCGCAACGGGCGCGGCCGAGCAGGCCGAACUCAAGCGCAUCUCGUCCAAGGCCCCUGUCGCCGCCACGUUGCUGCCGAUGCGUUCCGUCGGGGUGCAAGGUGACUCAAGAACAUAUAGCUACGUAGUUGCGCUUUCCACGGAACGCUAUCCACCAGACUGGAAAGAUAUGCUCUAUCUCGCUAAAAUUAUUCCUCGCGUAUGCCAUAAUGUUAACAGGGUUUGCUAUGCAUUUGGAGGUCUUAUAAAGGAGCAAGUGACAGAUAUUACUCCGACGUUCCUCACACAGCAGGUCGUGUCAACUAUUCGCCAGGCUGACGACCUUGCUACGCAGGUGUUAGUCCAAAGCGGGUACGCGUCGCGCAUCGCACAGAUGCCGGUGGUGCUCAUCCCCAUCCACUUCGACCGUGACGCGGCGGUGCGCGCGCCCUCUUGCCAGCGCUCCGUCGUGCUGCGCCCCUUCAUCUCUACCGACUUCAUGACCGGCAUCGCUGCGCUGCCUGGCAGCGAUGCUAUGCCGCAGGACGUGGUUGACCGAAUGCGUAAGGAAGUACUAUCCGUGCCAGGCAUCUCGCGCGUGCUGUACGACCUCACGCCCAAGCCACCAGCGACUACAGAGUGGGAAUGAUCCCUCCACGAACCCACCAAAACCCCUUUUAUAUAUUUUUUACUGAACGAAUGCACUCAAUGGGCAGUGGUCACCUUUUUUAACUCAGUGAAUAAUGUUUCUCUGUUCUUAUUCAUCCCUAUGUAUACACUAAUUAUGCACGUGCAUUUUUGUUCUGUUAUAAACUUGUUUGCAAUAAGUCAUAGACUUUUAAUAUUAGUACGAUACAAUAAGGGGCUUGUAAAUUGUUGACAUGGAAAUUUUGAUGAUGCACAAGAUCUGAUUAGAAUUUUAUGUAUUCGUGUUUCUAAGUGCCUGUGAAUAAUACUGCCGCCAUUAGUUAAACUAUUAGUUUUGUCACAAGCGCCCUUUAAAAAGGCGCUUGUCAGUCAAAACUGAGAAAAUAUUGUUCAAAGAAGUGAAAUAUCUACUUUUCCGUUGCGGUAACGUAAUACCUUACCCGCUUAGGAAAAUAAAAUAUUUUUGAAAAAAUGUCACAUGCGCCCUUUCAAUUAACGGCGGCAGAUAUAUGUGUAAUACUGAGGAAAGUACAAUAGCUUUGUAUUAUAUUUUUAUGACUGUUGUCAGUUCACAUUUUACUGGUAUCUCUCUAUAGCUAAAUCAGAUUUUAUUCUGUUUUCAAUGAAUUUAUUAUUGUAUAAUAUGAACAGAAAACUUAAGUUUCGUUUAUUAUAAUUUUACGUAUAUUUAGCUCAUCCGACCACUGCCCGUCAUAAUGAACUUUUGUAAAUACAAACAUUGGUGUCACGACACAAAGUAAAUUGGUGUCACAUGUUAUUGUUAGCUCCACUGAUCAGUUUUGUAACUUGUAAUAAUUUAUUAAAAGGCUGUGUAAAAAUUUAUAAAAAAAAGCCGAUAUUCCGCGCGACAAGAUAAACGUAACGAAUCUUGUA